AGAGCGAAAGACUAGUCGAUCAAUGAAAUAGUAAAGAGAGGGAGAGAGAAAGCAUUCCCGACUGCAACUAAAGGAAGCGAUUCCUUUGCUAGUGUCCUACUGCGAAGACCAAGAUCAAAAGGGAUCAGAAUGAAGUUCAUUAUUGGAAUAGGAGGUGUGACCAAUGGAGGCAAGACGACUUUGACGGGAAGACUCAUAAAGAACUUACCAAACUGUUGUGUUGUACAUCAGGAUGAUUUUUUCAAGCCCCAGGAUCAAAUAGAGCUCGGGGAGGACGGCUUUAAACAAUGGGAUGUGAUGACCGCCUUGGACAUGGAUGCCAUGGUGAACACGGUUAAGGGAUGGAUGGAGAACCCGGUGAAGUUUGCACGUUCCCACGGCGUGAGCGUUUCACCCGAAUCUGACGGCUCGGACCCUGAGCGUGAGAUCCACAUACUCAUUAUAGAGGGAUUUCUUCUUUAUAACUACAAGCCUUUGCUUGACGUCUACAGCAAGUGCUACUAUGUCACCAUUCCAUACGGGGAGUGCAAAAGAAGAAGAAGUAUGAGAACUUACACCGUUCCUGACCCUCCUGGUCUGUUCGAUGGCCACGUGUGGCCCAUGUACUUGAAACACAGGCUUGAGAUGGAAAACAGCGGACUAGAUAUACAAUGUCUGGACGGAAUGAGAACAAAAGACGAGCUCUAUGACCAAGUUUAUGAAGGCAUUCAGAACUCGCUGUUGAACGUCUUAUAGCAUCUCUUUAGUUGGAAUGAAGAUGGUGUGUGUAUAGAACUGUAAAUAGCUUCUGCCACUAGAUGGAUUUUGUAAAUAAAUACUAACUUAUUUUAAAACUGA